CAUUUCCGCUUUGCACUUUAUUUGAACGGGCACCGGGACAGUCACUUCCGGUUUGGCCGCCAGGAUUUGGCUGGUUUGAGGGGAGCCGCACGUGAGCCUCCUCGAGGGGCGAGGGGCACGCGAGCCUGCUGAACCGGACCACACUGGACCAACUUUUGCUGUGGAAUUUUCCGACGUCUGGACGCCGCCGUUGACGCAGGAAAAGACGCCCAGGUGAGCGGCAAGCACCUGAGGAGGGAGAGGGGGGGAGGACGAACGGUGAAUUGGAAGUCAUUUCCUUCUUAGUCUUUUUUUUUUUUUUGUUCCCUCCCCUUCCGUACACUUGUUGCCGUGUAAUUUGGACUGAAAUUUCCCCAAAAUGGCUACAUUUUGACUCCCGGGGAUCGAAGCCGUUGUUCGCCCGCAUGGGGAACCACAUGGAGCGGUUAAGUUACGCCGAAGUUCCCACCGUGGACCCGCACUGCGUGGAGCGGGAUGAGGGUCCUCGCAUCGGCGUCUCGUACAUUUUCUCCGACGGGGGGGACGACGACGACGACGAGCCGGGCGACGGCACCCGCGCGAACUCGGACCCGGAAGAAACGGCCUUCGACCCGCGGGAGGAGGUGGAGUGCACCGUGUACAAGCUGGACGAGUGCGUGUACGAGAAGAGCCGCCGCUCGUCCGCCUUGGACUCGUACUCGCCGGAGAAGCUGCUCGACAAGUGCCGCGCCGGCGACCUGGUGGAGUUCGUGGCCGCGGGCCGGUACCCGCAUUGGGCCGUGUACGUGGGCGACUUCCAGGUGGUGCACCUGCACCGCGCCGAGGUCAAGAGCGCCUUCCUGACGGACGCCGGCCGGGGGAGACGCUGCCGGGUCGUCAACGAGCGCUACAAGUUCCGAGCCCGGGACCCCGACGCGGUGGUGCGCAGCGCCCUGGAGCAGGUGGGCCUGAAGGACGGCGAGCUGAGCUGGCGGAACUCCGAGGGCUUCGCCGCCUGGUGCCGCUUCGGCCGCAGGGAGCUGAAGGCCGGCGGCGAGCUGAGAGGCGGCGCCCGCCAGCCGUACACGCUGCACGUCCUGCUGGGCGACCGCAAGUACUCGCACGCCCUCGAGUUCCAGAGCCUGGAGGAUGUGAUCGCCGAGAAGAGACGCGGGGAUUACCUGGGCCGCAGCGCCCUCCUCCGGGAGCUGGCGGUCCACCUGAGGACCGAGACCGCAGCGCACUGAUGCCGGCAUUGCGCAGAUUUAUUAUUAUUUUUCAAACUUCAAUCUCUUAUUUUAGUGGUUUACACUAAAAUAUUGCAUUGAUGGAAUAAAAGUCGCCAGGUUCGGCAAUAUCGCCCUCUGCUGUCCAACGAAAUGAACGCCAUGACUGCCGUCUCGCUUGCGCUGCGAACGUCACUCGACCAAACCUGAAAAAUCGGUCGCCGACUCACCGUGGACACCGCGCUAACUAGAAGAACUACGACUUGAUGACAUGACGGUUCGAACAAAACUUUUGCAAGUUGGGGUUCGCACCGUGUCAUGAACCCGUCGUAGUUAUUUAUGCUCGUUCAUUUCGGUCAGCGGCGCUUGAGUGCGCUUAAAAUGCUUGCAAGCUAACGUCUCCUCCUUACGACGGGUGACUUGUAACUUUUGUUGGUUUCAUCGUGUCAUAACGUCUCUUUUGUCAUAAAAAAGUGAAAAUAAUCAUAGUAGUUGUAAUGUAACCCGUCUUCUUAACAUUGUUACUACUUACAGACAGGUGAGAUGGAAACCUGGCGCUGCUGUUACUAAACCAAGUGUUGUUUUUUUUCCGGAGUGUAAUACAUCGCCCUAUUUAACCUGAAAAAGUCAUACAAUGAUUAUUUAUUCGCAUUAAUUGUAUUUGAACGGCAGUGAAAUGGUGGAAAACUUGUUGCUAACAAUGUGGUCUUCGACACUUCUUGGAAGGGUCAAUCUAUUCAGAGCGGAAAUCGCCUCUUUUUUUUU